AUGGUGUUCUACUAUCAAAGCACAGCAAUAGAUCCAUCGUGUACCAUUUACGUUGGAAGAGAUAAAUAUGAAAAUGAAGAAUUAUUAAAGUAUGCUUUUGCGGAAGAUGUAUGGUUUCACGUUGAUAAAUUGUCUUCUGCACAUGUAUACUUGAGGAUGCCUAAAGACAUGUCAAUCGAUUCAAUUCCAACCGCUUUGUUACAUGACUGUGCACAGUUGGUCAAAGCAAACAGUAUACAAGGUUGCAAACUAAACAAUGUCAAAGUGGUUUACACACCAGCAAGUAACAUUAAAAAAACCGCCGAUAUGGAAGUUGGCCAAGUCGGGUUCCAUAAAAGUAAAGAGGUUCGACUAACUACCGUGGAUAAAAAAGAUAAUGCAAUUAUAAAUAGAUUAAAUAAAACAAAAUUGGAAAAAUACCCUGAUUUAGCCGGCGAACUUCUACAGCGAGAGAAGGAGGAACGUGAGGAAAGGAAGCAAUUACUAAAGGAGCAGAGCAAAAUACAAAAAGAAGAAAUACUAAAGAGACAGCAGGAACAAGAAAUAAGAUCGUAUAGUAGCUUGAUGAAAACGGAAAAUAUGACAACUAAUGCCGAGGCAGAAGAUGACGACGAUUUUAUGUAA